AUGGAGGAGGUGAAAGCGACUCGCCCAGAGCAUCUCUCGCCUCCCUCAUCCCAGGAACGUCCCAGGGUCCGGGAGAAACUGACAAUUUGCUCCGGUGGAGUUAAUGGCCAUGUAAGGAAGAGGUUUACUCAUUCUGCCCAGAGGCUGAGCCAGCAGAGACAGCAAAGCUAAUGUGAUUCACUGAAUGAAGAGAGUGGACAAUUACCAGCAACUUGUUCAUGUUUUGCCUUGGAUAGCCUAAGCUGAAACUACGACCUGAGAAUGACACAGCAAAUGCACAACUUAAGUCUCCUGCAGCCCAAGAAGCACAGCAUGCCCUCCUCGCCCAGCGCCGCGAAGCGCCUGUACCGGAACCUCUCGGAGAAGCUGAAGGGCAGUCACACAUCCUUUGAUGAAGCCUAUUUCAGAGCUCGCCCCGACCGCCUCAGCCUCCGCAAGGCCUCAAUGAAUUUCCAGUGCAAUGAAGCUAUGUUUGAGGCCGUAGAACAGCAAGAUCUGGAUGCUGUUCAGAUUCUUCUUUAUCAAUACACACUGGAGGAACUAGACCUGAACACCCCAAACAGUGAAGGAUUAACUCCUUUGGAUAUUGCCAUUUUGACAAACAACGUCCCUAUUGCUAGGACCCUUCUACAUGUUGGGGCAAAGGAAAGCCCACACUUUGUAAACAUGGAAAGCAGGUCAGUGCAUCUGAGCACAUUGGUCCAGGAGGCACAGCAGAGAGUCUCUGAACUGUCUGCACAGGUGGUGAACGAAGGUCUUGGUGCAGAUUUCACGGAGAAAGAGAAGCUGCUGAGGGCCUGGGAGUGGAGGUCCAAGCUGUACAGGCGCAUGAAGGCAGGCUACGAGCACGCCCGAGCCCCCGAGGCGCCAACCAAUGUCUGUCUCAUGGUAACGAGCAGUACAUCACUCACUGUCACCUUCCAGGAACCUCUGAGUGUCAACGCAGCUGUGGUGACCAAGUAUAAAG